UUUUUAUUUUCCCGUCUUUUGCUCGUGCUCUGAAUCCAACAAUGUGUUUGUUUUAUUUUUUUCCCCCAAUUCCACAGCACAAAACCAAACCCUAAUCAGAUUGUGUGUGUUGGCUCAAAGGGAGGGAUGAUGAAUGGAGCGACGGGAUACCAGAAGCCUGCCGCUGGCCUGACCUGUGAGAGCUGUCACACCACACAGUCUCAACAGUGGUAUGCCUGGGGACCUCCCAACAUGCAGUGCAGACUGUGUGCUUCCUGUUGGAUCUACUGGAAGAAGUAUGGUGGUCUGAAGACACCAACAGCACUGGACGGGGACAAGCAACGCCUCCCUUCAGAACCCAGGUCAAAGGGGCUCUGUGGGCGUCAGGACUCUCAAGGUUUUCUGUCGUACAACAGUUCCAAGCUCCUGGCCAAGAACCGGCAGACAUUCCUCCUACAGACGACCAAGCUGACCCGCAUCGCCCGGCGGCUCUGUGAGGACAUCCUGCGGCCGCAGAGGGCAGCGCGACGCCCCUACAUCCCCGUCAAUGUCGGUGCCAUCAAGACAGAGUGUGCUGUCAGGCUCCCAAAAGCAGCAACAAAACCACUCAGGAUCCGGCCUGCUGCACGGCCAACGUUAGCCAGUAUCAUGAAGGAGUUGGCGGAGUUAGCGGCACGAGGUCUAAUGAAGCCUAGGAUUCUGAAAGGGAGUGAGACAAACCGGACUCUGCUGAAUAUCAACCGUGGAACAGUGUCCUUGCUAGGGAAACGCACGUUCAACAAACAAAAUGGGGUUCAGGGAGCUCCAAGUCCUGUUCAUAUAAGACAGAUGACUGCUAGCCCCCAUUUGACCAGCAGCAGACCCUUCUCUUCUGGGAUGAAGACAGACCAAGUUAGUGCUGAGCCAGCAUUCAAGCGGCAAAAAUUGAACCCUGGAGAUGCCCCUGACCCGAUUGUCUUCGUGGCAACAGACCAUACCAGGGCGAUUCGGAAAGCUUUGACCCAGUCGGAGAUGAGGCGGGCUGCACGGAGACCAUGUAUGCAAGUUAACAUUAAAUCCACUGGUUCAAGUCGCCCAGCAGUCCUGGGGGAACCUAUUGUCCUGGAGGACUGAACACUGAUCAGUGUACAUGGGUGCACACUUGCACACUCUCACUGUCUCUCUCUUGAGUAUAUGCACACAUACACAGGCACACAUGUCCAAUCACAUGCACUUGUGUGCAUGCAUACUAGCCCACACUCGCUUACAUUCUCUCGAGCUCUCUCACACUCUCGUGUGCUCUCUCUCCCUCUGACACGCUCUCUCGGACGCUCUCUCGCUCUCAGACGCUCUUGCUCUCGCUCUCUCUCUCGCUCGGACACGUGUUCUCUCUCUCUCUCUCUCUCUCUCUGGCACACGCACUCUCUCUCUGACACACGCACUCUCUCUCUCUCUCUCUGACUCUCUCGCUCUCGCUCUCUCUCUCUCUCGGGCACACGCUCUCUCUCUCUCUCUCUCGGGCACACGCUCUCUCUCUCGGACACACACACUCAAGCCCUUCUCAAAUCUUCAGGGAUUCACGCAGAAACAGAAAAGGAUGCCCUUGGUUUUCUGCCAGGACUGUGGGAGUGCAGGACUGCACUCCCCAUCUGCUCCUCCGGUAGUGAGCAUCCUCUGAUAAUGCACGAUGUGUAAAACAAUGUACAUAAAUCAUAGCGUCUGAUUCCCAGCUUUUUUUAUUAUUUUAUUGUUUUUCCAGCUCCAUAGCCUCCCUGCCCUCAAUGCUUUUACCCCUCCGGGGGACAACUGUAAACCCUUAAUAAUGAAUUUCUGAAUGAUUGUGUUUUGGAAGAACUUGCAGUGACUCCUUUUUUUAAAAAAAAAAUAAUACUGAGUUAGAAGUGCUGACAGGUUUGAUAUCAGGAUCAUUGAUACGUGGUGAUAUUUUGUGUGCUUUUUAUUUUCUUUCUGCUUUUUUUUAAAACUCCCAGCUUGUCCGUGCCACCGAGGGAGAGCUCCCUCCCACUUGUUCGAUUGUGUGUCGGGCAGUGCCCAAGGUGGCACCUGGGGAUUUUUGAGUGCACCUGUCUGGAAGUUUUUAGAGGUGAGACCAGACACGGAAACCAUUUUUGUAAAAAAAAAAGGCAAUUAAAGUUUUUUUCCACUCUA